UUAAUUUAAAACAAGAAAAGCUACAAGAAACAUUAAAAAGAAAAGACAAGUGUUUGAAAAUAAAAUUUUUUAUAAAUUUAUUCUAUGAUAUUGAUAAAAACAAAUCAAAACGGAUUUAUUAACGUGCUCAACGUGUUUAAACGUUAUAGAAGAAGAAAUUAUGACUACUUGUGUCAACUAUAUUUAUGUGCUCCUAAUAACCACACUAUUACCAAUGGUAGUCGUAGCCAGCAACUCACAGUUAUUGCCAGUAAGAAAAGGUGGCGGCGGCGGCGGUGGUGGUCUACGCAUACAAGGAUUAUCAUCAACCACCCGCUUAGCAUAUGGCUUUUUAGAAAAUCGUAUAGCCUCCUUGGAAACCCAACAAACUUUGUGGAGUAAAAAGUUUUUGGCCAAGCGUGAGGCAGAACCACAUUCAGCGCCCCAUGUGGUGUCCAUACAACUAAUGACCCCCGAAGAGGGUCUGGUACACUAUUGUGCGGGAACAGUUAUCAAUGAACAUUGGAUACUAACUGCUGCCCAUUGCCUAACCAAUCCUCAAAUGGUGGCAAAUUCGGUAAUAGUGGCGGGUUGUCAUGACAUUCAUGCCCGCAGUGAAUCUCAGCAUGUACAACUGCGCCAUAUAGACUAUUACGUUAGGCAUGAAUUGUAUUUGGGUGGCGUAAAUCCCUAUGACAUAGCCCUCAUCUACACCAAAGAACCCUUGGUAUUUGAUCAGUAUGUGCAGCCGGUAAAUUUACCUGAACCCGAUGUUUUGCCCCAAGGAUAUGGCACUCUGUAUGGCUGGGGUAAUGUUUCGAUGACAAUUGUACCUCAAUUUCCUCAUAAAUUGCAGCAGGCAAAUAUGCCCAUAUUGGAUAUGGAAUUGUGCGAGGAAGUAUUGGCUGCCUCCGGCAUGCAGUUGCAUGAAACAAAUUUAUGUACGGGUCCUUUGACAGGAGGUGUUAGCAUAUGUACCGCUGAUUCGGGAGGACCUUUAAUACAAACUGACUACGAUAUGUAUGGUCAAGAACAACAGACCAUAAUCGGUAUAGUAUCCUGGGGUAAAAUGCCUUGUGGCCAAAAGAAUGCCCCUUCGGUGUUUGUACGAGUGUCGGCGUUUACUGAGUGGAUACAACAAAUCAUUACCACAGCUACACAUUUUGAAUAAGUAUUGAAAACAAAAACAAAUAAAAACUCCUCAGCCAAUUAAA